UUUCUUGGUAAAGACAGAGGGACAUAAGGCUCUUCUUUCAUAGAGUUAAUGGGUCAAUGUGAGCACCACUACUAGGUAGAACCAAGUAGUUUCACUGUCCUCUGAAAAUCUGUUGAUUUGUUACAUCAUUCAAAACAUUUUCUGUGGCUUUCAUAUCAGUAUAAAAUGGAUGUCAGUGAGACAGACACUACAUUCUCUUCUGUCUCAUUUGCCUUAAGUUGAUAGUUGGUUGUGAAAGCAGAAUAUUCUUUAGCCAUUUAGGAACUAGUACUGAGUUAUUUGCUUAAGGACAGCACAGUAAAUCCAGUUGUAUUAUAGAAAUAUCAUUCAGUGUGACUUCAAAUUUAGCUCAACAGAUAUUGGGUACCUGUUAAAAGAUACAAAGAAAAAUGAGAUUUGCUUCUUGAUAUUUGCUUGAUGCUAAGAUAAGUACAAAAUGAUUAAUAUAAGGAAUAUGAUUAUCAUAAGGAAAGUAGAAACACUGAUACGUAGUUUUAAGGAAGAAGACUCUGCAUCUAGUUUGGAGGAAGAACCAAGUGCAAGAUUUAUUCAUUCAUUCAUUUGAUCAGUAUUUAUUGAUAUUUAUUGCUUUAUUGAUACUUUUAUUGGUAAUCUACCAUUCAGCUCUAUUGCUGAAUGAACAAGGAAAAGAGUCACAGACUUUUGGAGCUAGCAUUCUAGUUAGGUAAUACAAAUAACAAACAUAUAGUAUGUCAAGCAUCAGUAAGCAUAUUGGGAAAAAAUAAAUUAGGUAAAAAGUUAUAGAGAGGGAUGGGCAACAGAGAAAGGGUGCUGUUCUAUUGUCAAGGGAGACCUCAUUGAACAGGAUCCAGAAGAGAGUAGGAGAGCAAAUCCUGUGGCUAUCUGGAGAGAGUGCCUUUCAAGCUUGAAAAGCAGCUAAUGCAGAGAACAUGUUGGAGUGUUUAAAGAAGAUAUGGGUUGAAUGGAGUACGUGAGGGGGGAGAACCAUUCAAGAUGAGGUGCAGAGGGACCAGACCAUGGAGGAUCUCCUAAGAUAUGGCUUAAGUGAUGUGCAUCUCAAAGGUACUUGGAUAAUCAAGCAAAAGAAAGAUGAGCUUUAUCUAUGGACUGCAGUUUGCCACUAGAAAUUAUUUUCUCUCCCAAUUUAAUUCACUGGCCAUCCGGAGAAAAUGGAACUUACUAGCAGUAACUCCAGUGGACUGUCAUCAAGUACAAAAUCUCCAUGUAGUAAUUAAGUAUCAGGGAUUUAAAUCCGUCAAACACUGUAAUGUGACUUUUCUGCCUAAAAACUUUCAUUCCUAUAGGACUUACAGUAAUAAAACAACAGAUUGCCUCUUACGUGCCAACAGUAAGGAAAUUUGGAUGAAUACUCAUAAAUGUACUUGGUGGAAUGAGACUUUUCGAAGAUGGGUACUGAUAAAAGAAGUUGCAGUCAUUCCCACUCAUGUAGCCUCGUGUCCUCUGAGCUAUUCUCUGGGAAAAGCUGCCAGGAGUAUCCAUACUUCUCCACGGGUUCAAGCUGCUCCAGUCCCCCUCUGGUUGAUCAUUCUGAAACCAGUGCAGAAGCUACUUGCCAUCAUCGUGGGCAGGGGCAUAAGGAAAUGGUGGCAGGCACUUCCUCCUAACAAGAAGGAGCUAUUUAAAGAGAGUGUAAAGAAGAAUAAGUGGAAGCUACUCCUUGGUUUGAGUAGUUUUGGACUGCUAUUUGUAGUGUUUUAUUUUACUCACCUGGAAGUAAGCCCCAUCACAGGGAGGAGCAAGCUACUAUUAUUGGGAAAAGAGCAUUUCAGACUUCUGUCAGAACUGGAGUAUGAAGUAUGGCUGGAAGAAUUUAAAAAUGAUAUGUUAGCUGAGAAAGAUCCACGAUACCUGACUGUUAAAGAAGUGACUCAUCAUCUAAUUGAGUGCAAUAAGGAUAUCCCCGGGAUCUCUGAGAUCACCUGGGUUAUUCACGUUGUUGAUUCCCCUGAUAUAAAUGCUUUCGUGCUUCCAAAUGGACACAUGUUUAUUUUCACUGGGCUUUUAAAUAGUGUAAUUGAUACCCAUCAACUUUCCUUCCUUCUGGGCCAUGAAAUAGCACAUGCAGUACUUGGGCAUGCUGCAGAAAGGCUAGCAUGGUUCAUUUAUUGGAUUUCCUAGGUAUGAUUUUUCUCACAAUGAUUUGGGCCAUUUGUCCACGAGAUAGCUUGGCGAUUUUGGGCCAGUGGAUACAGUCUAAGUUGCAGGAGGUAAGUCUGAAAUAAUAAUUUGAAUUUAUAAUGGCCUGUGGUGAAGACAUUCUGAUACUACUGUGAAACAACAAAUACCAGAAAUAUUUUCAUAUUUAGUACCCACAUCAUGAAAUAUUGUACUAAAUUUUAGGGUAUGUUUCUUAUUUUUAAGAGAGAUUCUUACAUAUGAGUAUUUAAAUUAAGGAAUAGUACAUCUCUCAAAUGAUGCUUAAGUGUGGAUUAGAAAGGCUGAACAACUUUAGGCUAAUGUAAUUUUUUUUUUUUAUAUGUGUUGGUCUUACAGAAAGAAAACUCAGGUACUGACCCUUCCUUUCAUUCUGAAUGACUGCCCCUACCCCAGAUAUUUGCAUUUUGGUGGGGAACUGUUCCCAGAUUAUAAUGAGCAUGGGAUUGGCUGAAGCUGCUUUACCACUUCUGCUCACUCCCAUUUAAACUAACAUUGACUUAUAUAUGUGUGUGUGUGUUUCA